GUCGCCAUCAGCGCUUUCUCCAGGCGGCGCUUGAGCCAGGUUAUUUGUCUUUAAAAUGGCUCCAAAGCCUGCGUCUUCCUCCUCUUCAAGAUCAUGGGAUUCUCUCACUCCAGCCCUAUCUCAAUGGGCUCUCGACGCCGUUUCCGCUAUGGGCUUUUCCCGCAUGACCCCGGUGCAAGCGUCAACAAUUCCUCUUUUCAUGGGCUAUAAGGAUGUCGUGGUGGAAGCCGUUACCGGUAGCGGAAAAACCUUGGCCUUCUUGAUACCCAUUGUCGAGAAACUUUUGCGUCUCGAAGAGCCGAUCAAGAAGCAUCAUGUCGGCGCCAUUGUCAUUUCCCCUACCAGAGAAUUAGCAUCCCAGAUUUACAAGGUGUUGCUGUCAUUGCUGGAAUUCCACGAACCUUCCGCGUCAGCCAUCAAAACUUUUGAAGACGACAAUGCGCCUCGACAAAAGCGCUCUUCAUCAACGCUCAGAGUUAUUCCGCAGUUGCUACUUGGCGGCUCGACUUCGCCAGCAGAGGAUCUCAGCAUUUUUCUGAAGAGAUCUCCAAAUAUGCUAGUAUCUACACCUGGACGGCUCUUGGAACUUCUCUCCUCGCCGCAUGUUCACUGCCCGCAGUCGUCGUUCGAAGUGUUGGUGCUGGAUGAAGCAGACAGGCUAUUGGAUCUUGGUUUCAAGGAUGAUUUACAGAAUAUCUUGCGCCGUCUUCCCAAGCAGAGGCGAACAGGAUUGUUCAGCGCGAGCAUUAGUGAAGCAGUGGAUCAAAUCGUCAGAGUUGGUUUGCGGAAUCCCGUCAAAAUCGCGGUCAAGGUCAAGGGUGCAUCCGGGGUAGAGGAUAAGCGAACCCCAGCAAGCUUACAGAUGACCUACCUUAUAACCCCACCGACUCAUAAACUACCAGCCUUGAAAGAGAUCCUCUCGUCCGUCGAACCCACCCCUCAAAAAUCAAUAUUCUUUGUAUCCACAUGCUCUGGUGUAGACUAUCUCUCUUCUAUCCUGCCUCCAUUAUUUGGGGAUGAGUUCCUCCUGAUCCCCCUCCACGGAAAACACGCCGCAAACGUACGCCAGAAGAACUUCAACAGAUUCAUCAAUUCUGCUACCCCCUCGAUUCUCUUGACAACAGACGUUGCGUCUCGCGGGCUAGAUAUCCCGUCCGUCGACCUAGUUGUCCAAAUAGACCCUCCCUCGGACCCGAAAACCUUCAUCCACAGGUGCGGCCGAGCCGGACGAGCCGGAAGAAAGGGUCUGAGUAUUGUCCUUCUCCAUUCAGGCCGUGAAGAAGAUUAUAUACCAUUCCUAGAAGUCCGAAAGACGCCAGUUUCGCUCUACGAAAAAUCUAUAUCCGUCUCGGAAGAAGAUGCAACCGCAGCCAUAGACGCAGCGCGAAAGGUAGUCCUCACAGAUCGCUCCCUGCAUGACAAGGGCCAGAAGGCAUUUGUCAGCUGGGUCCGAAGCUACAGCAAACACCAAGCAAGCAGUAUCUUCCGUAUAUCUGACCUUGACUGGGAAGCGCUUGGUAAAGCAUGGGGUCUACUGAAGCUACCUAAAAUGCCGGAGUUGAGAAACUUCACCGGCGACAGGACCUUGGGAGUUACUAUUGAUUGGGAAAAAUACGCAUACAAGGAUAAACAGAGGGAAAAACGUCGCCGAGAAAUUUUACAGGAAGAAGCGGAGUCUGGCGGUGCUGAUCAGCAGCAGCAGUCGAAUAUUAAGAAGAGGCGGCUGAACGGCAGCGUGGCAUGGAGUAACAACAUAGCAAAGAAGGAGCAACGAGAAAAGCGAAGAGAGCACAAGAAGCUACGGAAGGAGAAGGAAAGAUUCGAGAAGAUGACAAACGAAGAGAAGCAGAAGAUUCUCGAGACGGAGAGGAUGGUAGAAGAGAUCAGGAAGAAGAAUGAGCAGCAACGACUGCAGAAGCGAGCAGCAGCUAAGGCCGAGGCGAAGGAUUCUGGUGGCGAGGACGAGUUCCAAGGAUUUGACUGAUCCAUGGAACUGAUCUAUUUCUCAUAUACUGAUACCUUAUAUUAUCACACCAAAAUAACAACUGUGACAGCUAUGAACCUGAUAGCUUGAGUCAACAAUAAGACCAGCUUACUUACCUCCAUCUGCACCUUUGCCUCACCAACGCCCAAAAGCCAAUCCAGCAAGUCAUCUCAAUCCAGGCAUACCUUCUAACUUCACAUCUGGCAGCGCUGAUAAAUCCAGAACCUCAAAAACCCCAAAGUCACCACUGCCAACCAAGCCAGCGACUUCCACCAACGCAAAUGCAGAAGCUGUAGAAGAUGCAGGAGUGAACUCUACCUCCAUGCUGUUCACUUCCAUAUCCA